UCCGCCCGCCGCCGCCGCAGGCCGAACGGUCGACCAGGUUCGUGCGCCGCGGGCCGGGCCUUGCCCACGGGCUGCUGGGCCCGGCUCCUCCCGGCGGGCGGGCCUAGGCGUUGCCGGCACCGGUGUGGACUUCCCAAGUCACCCAUUCGUGGGAGCGACUGACGGACAGGGAAGAAAACAGACUGGGAAAAAAAAAUGAAGUUCCAUGUCUCCGUAUUUGUUGGUGUUGUUCACUUUUUAUCCCUGACCUCUGGGAAAGCUGUCUAUGGGAAUGGCAUCUCUCAGAGGACUUUUCAAGAAAUAAAAGAAGAAAUAGCCUGCUAUGGAGAUGUUGCUAAAGCAAUCAUCAACCUUGCUGUUUAUGGGAAAGCCCAGAACAGAUCCUAUGAGCGAUUGGCACUUCUGGUUGACACUGUUGGACCCAGACUCAGUGGUUCCAAGAGCCUAGAAAAAGCCAUCCAAAUCAUGCACCAAAACCUGCAGGAAGAUGGGCUGGAGAAUGUCCACCUGGAGCCUGUCAAAAUACCCCACUGGGAAAGGGGAGAAGAGUCUGCUGUGAUGCUGGAGCCGAGAAUUCACAAGAUGGCAGUUUUGGGUCUUGGCAGCAGCAUUGGGACGCCCCCAGAAGGCAUUACAGCAGAAGUUCUGGUGGUGACCUCUUUCGACGAACUGCAGAGAAGGGCCCCAGAAGCAAGAGGGAAGAUUGUCGUUUACAAUCAACCUUACACCAACUACUCGAGGGCAGUGCAAUACCGCGUCCAGGGGGCGGUGGAAGCUGCCAAAGUGGGGGCUUUGGCAUCCCUCAUUCGAUCGGUGGCUUCCUUCUCCAUCUACAGCCCUCACACAGGUAUUCAGGAAUACCAGGAUGGUGUGCCAAAGAUCCCAACAGCUUGUAUUACGGUGGAAGAUGCAGAGAUGAUGUCAAGAAUGGCUUCUCGUGGGAGCAGAAUUGUCAUUCAGCUGAAGAUGGGGGCAAAGAACUACCCAGAUGCUGAUUCCUUCAACACCGUAGCAGAGAUCGUCGGUAGCAAGUAUCCGGAGCAGGUUGUACUGGUCAGUGGACAUCUGGACAGCUGGGAUGUUGGGCAGGGUGCGAUGGAUGAUGGUGGAGGAGCCUUUAUAUCAUGGGAAGCGCUCUCGCUUAUUAAAGAUCUUGGGCUGCGUCCAAAGAGGACUCUGCGUUUGGUGCUCUGGACUGCAGAGGAGCAAGGUGGAAUCGGUGCCCUGCAGUAUUACCAAUUACACAAGGCAAAUAUUUCCAACUACAGCCUCGUGAUGGAGUCUGACCUGGGGACCUUCUUACCCUCUGGGCUGCAGUUCACUGGCAGUGACAAGGCCAGGGCCAUCGUGGAGGAGGUCAUGUGCCUGCUGGAGCCCAUCAAUGUCACACAGGUCUUUAGAGCUGGAGAAGGGACAGACAUUAACUUCUGGAUCCAAGCCGGAGUACCUGGAGCCAGUCUACUUGAUGACCUAUAUAAAUAUUUCUCCUUCCAUCACUCCCAUGGAGACACCAUGACUGUCAUGGAUCCAAAGCAGAUGAAUGUUGCUGCUGCUGUUUGGGCUGUUGUCUCUUAUGUCAUUGCAGACAUGGAAGAAAUGCUGCCCAGGUCUUAGCAAGAGCAAGAGAGAAGGCACUUUUGUCCUUUCUGGCCAGGAAUCCUGGGUCUGCAGCUUCAAGGAGCCCCGCUUCACCUAACAAUUUUAUGUGAUCAUUUACAAAGCACAACACUUUUUCAUACUUUCUGAUAUCAUGUUUCUUGAUACUUUCCAAAUUCUCUGUUCCUAGUGUAAGGAAUAAGCCCCACCCCCACAAAGAAUCAGCCAAUGGUAGGGAUCACAGUGAGGGCAUUUCUUUACACCACAUAUUAAAAAUACUGUUUCUACUUUGAAAGUAAAUACUGGAUAAAGCUUUGGAAGACCUCUGGCUUUUAUGCAUGUAUUUAUGAACAUUAAUUACAGUGAC